UAUGGGGGGUUUUACAGUCCCUCCUCAGUGUGAGUCAAUAGAAGUUCAAGGUUGUUGCUCAACCUUUAUACAACCCCCUUAGGCCCAAGCACCUAGUCAAUAUUUGGGACUUUGGCAGGUUGUUUCUGUCAACCGAGAAAUUAGGAGUUAGGAAUUUCUUUGGUGCGAUCCUGUUUAUUGACAAAGAACGAACACAACGUCUUGUUUCCCUAAACACAAUAGAAACAACAAAUAGCAGGCAGUUUCCUUGCUCAGAAAUUGAAGCAAUAUGUGUCCAAGAUGAUUGAAGACAGCGGGCCUGGGAUGAAGGUCCUCCUGAUGGAUAAAGAAACGACCAGUAUUGUGAGCAUGGUGUAUACACAGUCAGAAAUCCUUCAGAAGGAAGUUUACCUCUUUGAGCGCCUCGAUUCUUUGAACAGAGAGACUAUGAAACACUUGAAAGCGAUCUGUUUUUUGCGACCGACAAAGGAGAACGUGGAAUACCUCAUUCAGGAGCUACGAAGGCCCAAGUACAGCAUCUAUUAUGUUUAUUUCAGUAACGUGAUCAGUAAGAGUGAUGUAAAGUCACUGGCUGAGGCUGACGAGCAGGAGGUUGUGGCGGAAGUUCAGGAGUUCUACGGAGAUUACAUUGCCGUGAAUCCACAUGUGUUUUCCCUCAACCUCCUGGGCUGCUGCCAGGGUCGCAGCUGGGAUCUGGCCCAGCUGUCCAGAACAGCCCAAGGGCUGACUGCUUUGCUCCUGUCUCUGAAGAAGUGCCCCAUGAUUCGUUACCAGCUCUCCUCUGAACCUGCAAAGAGGCUCGCUGAAUGCGUCAAGCAAGUGAUUACUAAAGAAUACGAGCUGUUUGAUUUCCGGCGCACCGAAGUUCCUCCGUUACUGCUUAUUCUGGACCGGUCUGAUGAUGCCAUCACCCCACUUCUGAACCAGUGGACGUACCAGGCCAUGGUCCAUGAGCUGCUGGGGAUUAACAACAACCGAAUUGACCUCUCUCGAGUACCCGGCAUCAGCAAGGAUCUCAGGGAGGUGGUUCUGUCUGCUGAGAACGACGAGUUUUACGCCAACAACAUGUACCUGAACUUUGCAGAGAUCGGGAGCAAUAUCAAGAACCUAAUGGAGGAUUUCCAGCGGAGGAAACCGAAGGAGCAGCAGAAGCUGGAGUCCAUAGCUGACAUGAAGGCGUUUGUGGAGAACUACCCGCAGUUCAAGAAGAUGUCGGGCACGGUAUCGAAGCACGUGACUGUGGUGGGGGAGCUGUCCCGGCUGGCCAGCGAGCGGAACCUGCUGGAAGUGUCGGAGGUCGAGCAGGAACUGGCCUGCCAGAAUGACCACUCCAGUGCUCACCAGAACGUGCGGCGGCUCCUGCAGAAUCCCAAGGUGACUGAGUUCGACGCCACGCGGCUCGUGAUGCUCUACGCCCUGCACUAUGAGCGACACAGCAGCAACAGCCUGCCUGGCCUGAUGACGGACCUCAAGAACAAAGGGGUUUCAGAGAAGUAUCGGAAGCUGGUGUCAGCGGUUGUGGAAUAUGGUGGGAAGCGGGUCCGGGGCAGCGAUCUCUUCAGCCCCAAGGAUGCUGUCGCCAUCACCAAGCAGUUCCUCAAAGGACUGAAGGGCGUUGAGAACGUGUAUACGCAGCAUCAGCCCUUCCUGUACGAGACUCUAGAUCAGCUCAUCAAAGGAAAACUUAAGGAUGGCCAGUACCCCUACCUGGGUCCCAGCACACUCCGGGACAGGCCUCAAGAUAUUAUUGUGUUUAUCAUUGGAGGAGCAACCUAUGAAGAGGCGUUAACUGUGUAUAACCUUAACCGCACCACCCCUGGGGUCCGGAUCGUGUUGGGCGGGACCACCAUCCACAACACGAAAAGCUUCCUCGAGGAAAUUUCAGCCUCUGGGUUCCGCGGCCGGGGCGCCGAGAGCUCUCAAGUUACAGCGAGAGCGAGCAGCAGGCGGUGAAUGCAGGGGGCCGCCGCCGCUUCCCAUCUGGAGCUCCCACAGACUGACCAGGCGGCGGCGGAGCAGCGCUGGGUGCUCCCGCGGUCCGUCCUGCUGCUGGACGUCACGCAAGAUGGCCUCUGCCUUGAUGCGCCGGGCCGUGCCCAAAGUCCCAGCAUCCUCAGCGUUACCUUCCUGCUCGGCUCUUUAAUGGGGCGCGGUGGAAUGAACCGCAGGGAGGUGGCGGAAUCGUAGAUCCCGGGGAAAACGUUACCUGUGGGUGCCUGGCGCCUUUGAAAACCCAGCUACUUCCGUGUCUCUUCGUAACCACAACUGGCCUGCCCAGAAUCUCUGCUUUCCUGCGUCUGUUGGUCCCUCCAGGUAAUUGUCUGCAGCCCAGCUCCUCACCGAUAACUUUCAGGGUCUGGGCCUGUGUGUUUGGAAGUUCAUUAAACAUCCCACUCUGACCAGCUCUUAUAUUUUAAAUGAUUCCAGAUAUUUGUCCUCUCACCUCCCCCCUGCCUUUUAUAAUAUCCAUGAAACUAGCUACUUUCCUGACUGGCCCCGUUCUCGAGCCCCGGCGUCCAUGGGGGGAGAGAGCAGCACGGGCCCCUGUCCUCCUGCCCCCUUUCUGUUCCCGUGUUGUGAUCGGGAAAAGUUUGUGUGACACUAAUAAAAAUAAAAUUCAGUUUUCUGGCA